AUUAGGACAUUUAUAAAUGCCGGGAGCCACUUAUCUGAUCAGGUGAUCCUAUUACAAGAACGUUAAUGCUUUCAUAACACUACUGAACUUGUUUUGGCGCGUACACUCUUGCGAUGGCCGGAACAGAGCAUGUCAUAUCCAUGGAGGAGUUACUCUCCAGGAAGGUUAGUCUUGUCAGAGAAGAAGCUGGUGAAACAAGCAGACGGAGAAAGAGCAUUGAUAUCGAAGAGGAAGCGAGUUCCACGUCUAAGAUGAGGAAAGAAAAUCUUGAGAAACUGAAGGAAGCAGGGGCCAAUGUUAAGCGAAGUUCAGCUGCGAAGACUACGCCAAAAAUACAAGAGGUUCCGGCCUUGCUGCGUGGACACAAAAAUUUCAAAAAGUACUUUGAGCCAAGGGUGGUAUCACUCGGUCCUAUCCAUCAUGGGAAGAAGGAAUGCCAGGCAGCAGAGGACUUCAAGCUUGGAAUGGCAAGCAUAUUCGUCGAGGAAAGUGGCAAGUCGGGUGAAUUUUUGCUAGAGAAAAUUGCGGUGAAAAUCAAGCAACUGAGGCAUUACUUCGAUGAGAAGGUGACCGAGAAGUAUGAUGAUGAGACCCUCGCCUGGAUGCUGUUUGUGGACGGGUGUGCAGUGUUGCAAUCCAUACACUGUCUAGCUCAUCAAGAGUUGAUCAAAGAGUUAAAGAUAAAAAACGACCAGGUGGCCUUUGCGCAACAGGAUUUGUUCUUGUUGGAGAACCAACUUCCUUAUCAACUCCUCUUGGAUUUAAUGGAUUACAGCGGAAAGAAAGAAAAAUGGAAGGAAUCAAUCGAAACUUUCAUGAGGAAAAUGGUGCAUGAAAGGGUACAAGGCGUUGGCAAAGAUGGAGAAACCAAUGGAACGCCGAUCCAUCUUCUCGAUCUCCUCCGGACAAAACUCGUAGGCAAAAGUACUACUACGGAAAACAAAGGCAGGUCGAAUGGAUUGAUCAAUUCUUUCAUAAAUCGUCUUGCCAAUCUGAUCCCAUGCAAAAGCGGCAGCAAACAGGAGCGCCGCCAGUCGUAUCGCAACGUGCAGGAACUCAGAGCAGCAGGAAUAUAUGUGAAGCCGGCUGAAACUAGCCCGUUGACAAGGAUAAGUUUCGAUAGAUUCCUCUUAUACCCGGGAUACCUCCGACUGCCUCUAAUAACAGUUGAUGACUCAACGGCGCCCAAGUUUUUCAACUUGAUAGCCUACGAGAUGUGUUCGGAUUUUGACAAUGACUACGGGAUCACCUCAUACGUAGCCUUCCUGGAGUCACUCAUCGAUAAACCUGGGGACGUGAAGGAGCUAAGGAAUGCGAGCAUACUCUACAACCUGCUCGGCAGCGACGACGAAGUGGCUAAACUCUUCAACGAGAUAGGCACCGACUUGGUGCCUGACCUCGACGAGUAUAAGCAAGUCAGGACUCAGAUUCAGGAAUACUACGACAAAAAAUGGGUGACAUGGGUGGCCGAAUUCUUCCACAACCAUUUCAGCAGCCCCUGGACGGUGCUUGCUUUUCUUGGCGCAUUACUCGCGCUUUUUCUGAGUGCCACUCAGACUUGGUACACAGUGUUUUCUCCCCCCGGCCCCUGAGAUAAGUUCUGCGAGAAAUUCAAUCAAAACUUACGAAAGGGAUGAUCGAUCGAAGGUAAUGAUAAUUAAUUUGUUCGUGGUUUUCUUUUGCAACAAUAUCUUCUUAUCUAAAGGAAAUGGCUUCUUUGCGUCGGGCGCGUGGUUGUUUCCGAUUAAUAAAAGAACCAUAGGAGUUCUGUACUUGUCUGUCAUGAUUUCACAUAAGGUCAUUCCUCGUAAGACCAUGUUAUAUAUAUAUAUAUAUAUGGUAUUGAUCUGUUUGUUUUGGUUUUGGUGUAAUGUGUUUGAGACGAAAUAAUUAUGAUU